GUAGUUUUAGCCGAACGUUAGCACCCGGCUAACUCAUAACUUCCCAACCGCUGUUUGUGACAACUCUCGCCUCCAACUGGAGAAUGCUGAAUGGGUUUGGUAUCGAUGGCGGAGAGCAAUGACGGAGGAGUUUGACGAAGAUGUGGUAUUUGAGAACUCCCCGCUGUUCCAGUACCUUCAGGAUCUAGGGCACACAGACUUCGAGUCAUGUCCGACGGCGUCGCAGGAGGAGGAGGAGUACGGCGGUGCAGAGGGAGACCUGGGCUCUCGUGGCCAAGAGCAGCAGAAAACCUCAGGAGGAUGUUUAUGGAGGCUGGUUGAGGCCUUGCGGAGAUGGAGUCCUCUUCACCAGGCAGCUGAAUCCCGUAAGCUGGAGCAACAGCUGGACGGCGUCUUCGGCCAGUACUCGGUCAGAUGCAUCCUGGACCAGGACGUUCUGCUGCAGGAGGACGUGGAGCUCAUCGAGCUGCUGGACCCGAGCCUGCUAACCCUUGGCUCGUCGCCUUCCGGCUCCCCCAGCCGAGUCGGCUCCCUUCCCAGGCAGAGUUUCGUCUCCACUCCAUCGCUAUGGGAUGUGGCGGGGCUGCUGGGCCUGGCUGCCGUGCUGCUGGGCAUCUGCUGCUCUCCGGACAGCCUGUGGUCCCUGGCUGCGGCCCCCUGGGCUCUGGCCCUGCUGGGCUGGGUGGCACUGAGGGGCCUGGCGCUGUGGAGACGGAGGCGAAUGCAGAAGGACGUCCAGACCAGAACCAUGCGGCUCCAGACGCUGGUCAAUAACAGCAAGACUCUGACGGGACUGGCCCGAAAAGCCCUGCGGCUGGUCCAGGAGACGGAGGUCAUCUCCAGAGGGUUCACCCUUUUGCUCGACAGGGUGAGUGCGGCCAGCUCCUUUAGCAGGGCGGGGCCCGGGGCGGUGCCUCGCAGCCAGCAGCUGAUGGGACUCCGGAAGGUGCUGUACCGGGCUCUCCGCUCGGCCUUCAGAGCCUCGCGCCGGGCCACCUGCCACAUGCUCAAAGCGUUCCCGCUGAACUCUGAGGUCGACAAUGUGACCAACUACGUGUGCGCGGUGCCUCUGAAGGAGCUGGGCCUCGGCCUGGGGAUCGAACACCUGGGGGACGAGCAGGCGCAGGAGCUGACCGACGACUACAGCCUUCCAGCCCUCAAGAUGUUGUUCCAGCUGUGGUUGGGUCAGAGCUCAGAAUGUUUCCGUCGACUCGCUCUCCUCCUUUCACCGCACCGAACCAAGGAGUCUGAGGAAGGCAGAACCAAAGAAGACAUCCCUCUUCCUUCAUCUCCCUCACUUCCUCCACCUCCGCUGCACCGGUCCGUCGCCGCGGUGACAGAGCCCCUCCAUCACGCCCUGGCCAGCUGUCUUGGCGAUGUGCAGCGCAGCUACGACUUCCACCGGCACUUCGAGAUGCAGCCAAGGACAUCGAGCGCCGACAGCAGCGGACGAGCAAGGGAGAAAUGCCGGGAACUCAACGCUUUGCACACAUCCAUCCGCAGCCUGCAGCUCCACCUCAAGGCGCUGCUCAGCGAGAUGAUCAUCUUGGAGGACGAUCUGGAGAAGCUGAUGGUGUCCAAGGAGCUGACGGAGCUGACGCUCGAAGGCUACCGUGACCUGAGCGAGCGGCUGCAGCAGCUGCAACCCCACAUGCAGGCCAGCGCCGGCUGCUGGGAGGACACGGUCUGCCAGGUGGAGCGCAUGCUAAGACGAGCCAACGCCUGUACAGGUAAUCCUGACGACACGGAGCAAUUUGCUCCUCUUGUUCCUCAACUUCCUGCUGCUCCUCCAUCCUACCCGCUCAUCCUGGACAGAGACCCGGUGCCAGAGGAAAUGGAGCUGGAGGCCUACGUCUCCGACUCGGACUCGGACGGGGAGGGGAGAGGUUCCUGGUCCGACGUUCUGUCCCCAGAGGAGCGGGAGCGGCAGGGGAGGGAGAGGGAGGAGUCGCGGCGCGUCCUGUCGGAGCUGAAAGCCGUCCUGGGUUUCCGAGCGUCCGAGGGGGAGAGGAUGAAGAGGAAGCAGAUGCUGUUCAGCGACCAAGCUGCUGCAUUGCCUUUGGUUCUGACCCAGAGUCCUGAUGCUCCGGGUCCAGUGGGCGCUGCAGGAAUCGGUUCUGAGGAAGGAAACUACCUAUCAGAGCGGCCGGCAGGAAACAACGGGGAGCCAGGGGAAGGAAAGGACGACAGGGUGAGGCCUGACCCAGUUACAGAGUUCAGCUGCGGCUCGGAGGAAAGCGAGCGGGGCGGACCUUCUGGUGGAGGCGGAGCUUCAGAGCUGCACCAGUACGACGGCGUCACGGAGGAGGAAGAGGAGCGUCAGAACGGUCUGGACUGCUUCCUGAAGCCGAAAAUCCCCGCCGUGUCGGUGCUGGACAGACUGACGGAGAUCCACGGCUCGGAGACGCUCAGCUUCAGCUCCGCCCUCGCCGCUCAGGUGGCGGCGCGCUCACAGUCGCUCGCCAACAGGGAGGAGCAGACGUUUGGAGAUGAUGAGGAGGAGGAGGAAGGAGGAGAAAACUUCAGAACCUCAGAGAAGGAUUAGACAUUAAGCAGAAGCUGUAUUUAUGUCUCAGUGCGGUCUUCGUCUCGCUGCGUCCUGAUGUUCCACCCGUCCGUCCGUCAUUCUGUCACCUGCGACUCUGACAGCUGUGGAAACUCAGGAACAAGAAACACAAAACAAGAAAACCUCCCCGCAUCGCAGCGAGGCUCAAGUAGCAAAACAUCCUCAGCUGCCACCACAUCAUUUCAUAUCUGCAGUCAGUUUUUAUGUAGCUGAUUGUUACUUCACUGCUGAACUCUGUGUUUAUUCACUAAGCAAAUGUUUGUUGGAUGAAUUUGGCCAAAAUUAUGUAUAAUUGCAACUCUUCCUAUUCUUAAAGACCAAUUUUAUGCUUUUAUAAGACUAAAUCUGACCUCAUAUCAUAUAAAAGUUGCUUAUAUUUAGGAAAAACUUGACCACUUGUUGAGCGUAUAGCACCUAAUGUUUAUGAAAUAUAUAUAUUUAUUUCUCUACUGUUUUGACAUGUUUAAAAAAAACAGAAACACAGAUAAAUGGCAAUAUCUGUUUUUCAUAUCAAACUGAUACAGUCCAUUAAAAAAUGACCAAUAUCGUCUGAUAUCAAUGUUAUUGUUGAUUCCAAGGAGCAAAUAUUAAAGGAAAACAUAGCAAAUGAUUAGGAAAAUAAAGGCUAAUUUCCCUUUAACACAUGUGCAGCUCAUGAGAAAAAGAACUGGAGACUCUGCAGCUUUUCAGUAAAACUGGUCCAAUUUGUUGGUGUGUAAACACAAACCGUUCUGCAGUGAAAUCCAGAAACAAUCAUGAACUCAGCUGACUUCUUCUCCUAAAGACACGAGGGAAGAAGAAGAAGAAGAAGAAGUCUUGUGCUAUUUUUUUUUUACAAUCAGCGCUCUAUUUUGGUCCUGCCCCCCCCCCACCCUCCCUGUUUCCUACAUGCCAUUUGCUCUGGUGGGGUCAAAGCAGAAUGUACAGUCACAGUGACGUAAAGAGAAACUCCCAUUUCAUCAGUGUGUGUGUUUACAGGGGGAAACGUUUGGGUUUGAAGUGGUUGACGUGAAUGUAAUUUACCGCGAUGCAGAUUUGAAGUUAAAAACUUCUUUUUUUUUUUUUUUUUCUGAGGCCGGGGUGUCCCUUUAAAAAAAAAACCCAAAAGGUGUAGGCGUCAGUCCUCGUCUCCACCUUGUCACCAUGUUUGCCUUUUCCCGACCCUUCCUGCAUUUUUUCACUCUGAAAUAAAACGCCACUCUGGAAGUGUUGAAUGAAA